UCCACUUAAUUUCUCUAUUCUCCUCUCUCAUCUCAUUCCUCCCAUUCUUUCCGCCGUUUCCUCUUUCUCUCUUUUUUUUUCCAUGUCACGUGUUCUCAUUGCAUACUUUCAUUGCAGGCAAUGGUGCAUGAGGACUACGCCUGCAUGCUCAACCAGACCAACAUCGGCCAAAACAACAAGUUCUAUGUCAUUCAGGUCGCCAAAGACAAGAAGGACUUUCUUUGUUUCACGAGAUGGGGGAGAGUGGGAGAAGAAGGCCAGUGGAAUAUAGACUCUAUGAACAAGGUGGAAGAUGUCAUCAAGGUUUUCGAGAAGAAAUUCAAGGACAAGACCAAGAACAACUGGGCCGAUCGAGACAACUUCGAGCCGGCCCCCAAGAAGUAUACUUUGCUGGAGAUGGACGACGACAGUGACGAAGAGGAAGACGCAGUGGACUCCUCGACCCCCAAGAAGGAACUGGUGUCUAAUGAUGGCCCUUGCAACUUGCACCCAAGGACCAUGCUCAUGAUCAAACUCAUUUUCUCGGAUGAUAUGUUUGUCAAUCAGAUGGCGGAUAUAAGUCUCGACGUGAAGAAGAUGCCUCUGGGCAAGCUGAGCAAGCUGCAGAUCGCCAAGGGACUGGAGGCGCUCAUAGACAUCGAAGACGCCAUCAAGAAGAAGAAGGCACAGGAGCGAAGGCCCGUUGGUUGGUCUUGGGCGCCAGAAACCUAUUUUGAGAAAUCAGAAAAGUUCCCCCGCAGUGUGCUGAUGGAACUCACUUCAAAAUUCUUCACUCUCAUUCCACACAACUUCGGUCGAUCGGCGCCUCCUGUGAUAGACACGGUUGACGUCGUGCAGAAGAAGAAGGAAGUCAUGCUCACUCUCAGUGACAUUGAGCUGACGCAGAGCCUUCAGAGGGACAAGGAGAGCAAGGGACUUCAUAUCCUGCAGGAGAAAUACGACAUGUUGGACUGCCGUUUGGAAUAUGUGGAUCAAACGUCCUCAGAAUUUAAGAUUAUCAGCGAAUAUUCAAUAGCUUGUCCUAACUCUAGAAAGGGAACCCUUCUUGAUGUCUGGCGCGUUGACAGAAAUGAAGCGAAGGAGAGGUUCGCCGCCCACGACGACAUCAAGCACCGGAAGCUUCUCUGGCAUGGGACCAACGUGGCGGUGGUGGCGGCGAUCCUCAAGGCCGGGCUGAGGAUCAUGCCCCACUCGGGCGGGCUGGUGGGCAAGGGCAUCUACUUCGCGUCGGAACAUUCUAAGAGCUCUUGUUAUGUUGGCUGUCAUUACGGAGCUUUCGAAGGUGAGAGCUACUUAGGCUUUAUGUUCCUGGUCGAAGUGGCUUUAGGGGGAGAGAGCAGCAUCACGCAGGCCGAUGGCAGUCUGACAGAAGCUCCUAGUGGCUAUGACAGCGUGGUGGCAAGAGGAAGGAAAGAACCAGACCCGAAGAAGAACAAGAAACUAGUGUUUGACGAAAAUGACGUCACAGUGCCUUUGGGAAAACCCGUCCCUCAGAAAGAGUGGUUCGAGAGUAGCUUCGCACAGAGCAAGUAUCUUGUGUACAAAGAGAGUCAGGCUCGUAUUAGAUACAUACUCAAGUUUUCCUUCGUAUAG